AUAUCUGCUGCCAAAGUGGCGAUAUAGCAACGAUCCACAUGGCACGCGAUCCGUGUGCGGGUGCGGAUGGGAAUGCGAAUCGGCUCUGAUUUAUACUUCAUGAAUAUCAAAAUCGAAACGGACGCUGACGCUUUCAUUAAAAGACACACACCGAAAGGACCGAGAGCGGACCCCAAGGUGAGUCCCCACACCGCCUCCCCAUCCGACCGAGCCAGUGCCCGUUGCCAGACCGUUAUCUCAUCGCUGGUGCCGGUAGAGCUGUCAACGGACUUCGGCAACUGGAUGAGCGGCAAGCUUAGUUGCUUGCCAGGAAGCAAGCGAAAGCCACUGACCAACCGGGCGAAGGAGACUAUGCAUUGACACGUCUGAGGAAAAGUGCAGGGCGUUCUAUUCUCCACAGCCACAUUCUCCUCAGGCCAGUUCCAGCUGUCUCCAGUGGAUUCCCUACUAGUAACUGGCCCGUGACCAUUCCAGACCAUCCCCAACCAAAGUCCAGAAAAAAUUCCAGAGUGCAGCGGCCCAACUGCGUCAGAGUGUUGAACGAGAAUGCAUCCGCGUGGUAGCACGUCAUAGUGUCACCAUCAUAUGCAACUAGAAACCAGCAGCAGCACCACCACCAACACCACCAGCACAAAACCACAGCCAAAUCGAACGCAACAAAGCUUCCAGAGACAGGCCAAGACGAAGAGAAGAUCCCGCUUCCAGGAGAAGUAGAGUACCCCCCAGCCCAAACUAAACUAACACUUUGUAGAACCAGUUACUAGAGACGCAGUUACUACCAUGCAGCUCCUCCUCAAAUCGAUCUUCACCUGCGCACUAUUCGUGAUCUUCGUCUACGCCACUGCCCAGUCGCUGGCGAAGGUGCAGCAGAACGAUGAGCGGUACACGCUCCUCAAUGGAACGAGUAGUAGCGAGAGCAAUCUCAGCCAGGGCCACUUCCUCAGCCGGCGGCUGCGGCAGGCGGGCCAGGGCGAGGAGGGCGAGCAAGGGGUGCCGGUGCAGAUUGAAGACGAGAACAAGGACCCAAUGAAGGCCGCUGGUCCGGAGGUGGAGAAGCUGCGCGAGUGCAGCCCCGGCCUGGUCUUGCCCCUAUGGAUGCCCCAGACCAACAUCUCAAUAGGCGACCGCCUCGUGCGCGGCUUCGUCUACUUCAUGCUAUUGAUCUACCUGUUCGUCGGUGUCUCCAUCAUUGCAGACCGCUUCAUGGCCUCCAUCGAGGCUAUCACCUCCAUUGAGCGGUCGGUGGUGGUACGAGGUCCCCACAACGAAAAGCAGGUGAUGCACGUGCGCAUCUGGAACGAGACGGUGGCCAAUCUUACGCUGAUGGCCCUGGGCUCGAGUGCCCCCGAGAUCCUGCUAUCGGUCAUCGAGAUCUACGCCAAGAAAUUUGAGAGCGGAGACCUGGGACCCGGCACCAUUGUCGGCUCCGCCGCCUACAACCUGUUCAUGAUCAUCGCGGUGUGCAUGAUCUGGAUCCCAGCCGGCGAGGUGCGCCGCAUCCGACAUCUGCGAGUGUUCACAGUGACCGCCGCCUUCUCCAUCUUCGCCUACGUGUGGCUCUGGCUGAUCCUGUCGGUGUUCACGCCCGGCAUCAUCUCCGUGUGGGAGGCGAUCGUUACGCUGCUCUUCUUCCCGCUCACAGUGCUUUGGGCGUACAUUGCGGAGCGGCGGCUGCUGGUCUACAAAUACAUGGACAAGAACUACCGGGUGAACAAGCGCGGCACCGUCGUCGCCGGCGAGCACGACCAGGUGGAAAUGGAUGCGGAGAAGGGCGGUCCUCGGGCCUUGACUGCGACGCCCACGUCACGGGGCAACGAGGCGGAGGCGUUCGACGAGGCCCGUCGCGAAUACAUCCAAGUGCUGACCGAGCUGCGCCAAAAGUAUCCCGAUGCCGAACUCGAACAGCUCGAGAUGAUGGCCCAGGAGCAGGUGCUGGCGCGGAGCAACAAAUCGCGCGCCUUCUACCGCAUCCAGGCCACCCGCCGUAUGGUCGGCAGCGGCAACCUGAUGCGCAAGAUCCAGGAGAGGGCCCACAGCGACCUAACCGAGGUGAAGGCCCAGCUGCACCCGAGCGAGGACGAUGACGGCGACGAGCCCACCCGCGUCUACUUUGAGCCCGGCCACUACACCGUCAUGGAGAACUGCGGGGAGUUCGAGGUGCGCGUUGUCCGACGGGGCGACAUCUCCAACUACGCCACCGUUUCCUUCGAGACCCAGGACGGUACCGCCUCUGCCGGCACCGACUUUGUCGGCAAGCGGGGCCAGCUCAACUUCCCGCCCGGCGUCGACGAACAGCGCUUCCGCAUCGAGGUCAUCGACGACGACGUCUUCGAGGAGGACGAGUGCUUCUACAUCCGACUCUUCAAUCCAUCGGAGAACAUUAAACUGGCCGUACCGCAGAUAGCUACUGUCAUGAUCCUGGACGACGAUCACGCUGGAAUCUUCGCCUUCACGGACUCGGCCUUCGAAAUCUCCGAGUCAGUGGGUCUUUACGAGGUAAAGAUUAUGCGUUACUCGGGUGCCCGCGGCACAGUGAUCGUGCCCUACUGGACGGAGAGCGGCAGUGCCAUGCCGGGUAAGGACUACGAGGACGCACAUGGCGAGCUAGUUUUCGAGAACAAUGAAACUGAGAAAAUCAUCGAAAUCCUUAUUCUGGAAGAGAGCAGCUACGAGAAGGAUGUCAGCUUCAAGGUGCACAUCGGGGAACCCCGGCUGGCUCCAGAUUCCACUCACUACUAUGACAUUAACAAGGAAUCAUUUUUCAAUCGAUUUUUUGAAAAACACGAACACACUGGAGAUCCCACUCACGACGAAUUGGCAGCCAAAAUCGAGGAAGUUGAGAAGAAAUCCCCGCAGGACCUCACCGAACUGGAUCGCAUCCUGUUGUUGAGCAAGCCCCGGAACGGAGAGCUGACCACCGCCUAUGUGCGCAUUCGCGAGAGCCAGGAAUUUAAGGCUACGGUGGACAAACUGGUGGCCAAGGCAAACGUUUCGGCAGUUCUUGGCACAUCCUCCUGGAAGGAGCAGUUCAAAGAUGCCCUCACAGUUCUACCAUCCGAUGAAUCCGAGUUCGAUAACGAUGAUGAGGUAGAGGAGGAGGUGCCCAGCUGCUUCAGCUACAUAAGCCACUUCGUCUGCCUCUUUUGGAAGGUGCUCUUUGCAUUUGUGCCGCCUACAGAUAUUUGCGGCGGCUACGUGACCUUUGUGGUAUCGAUAUUCGUCAUUGGCGUCAUCACCGCCAUUAUUGGAGAUGCCGCUACGUAUUUCGGCUGUGCUCUGAACAUCAAGGACUCGGUAACAGCUAUCCUGUUCGUUGCUCUGGGCACCAGUAUACCAGACACUUUUGCGAGCAUGAUAGCGGCCAAGCACGAUGAGGGGGCCGACAACUGCAUCGGCAACGUCACAGGCAGCAAUGCGGUUAACGUAUUCCUGGGCAUCGGCCUGGCUUGGACCAUCGCAGCUGUCUACCACAGCUCCAAUGGCGGAACCUUCAACGUCGAACCGGGAACGAUUGGCUUUGCUGUGGCGCUGUUCUGCGGCGAGGCUUUAAUUGCCAUCCUGCUGAUCAUGGUUCGGCGCUGGACCAAGGGCAUCGGAGCCGAGCUAGGUGGUCCCAAGGUCAGCAAGUAUGUCAGCGCUGGCAUCCUGGUAUUCCUUUGGGUCUUCUACGUGGUCAUCUGCACACUGGAGGCCUACGAUGUCAUCGUUAUCUAAGGAGCUCAACAAACCGCAUUGCUUUCACUUUGGCGUUGGCUUUGUUACUUGCAUUGGCGUUCAAUGAUCAGCAAAGUAUCGUAUCAAUAAAAGUUGGAACAUGUUUUUGGCAAAACUGGCUAACUGGCCGCAAAUGAGAAAUGAGAUGCUGCAGGAAGCAAUUUUUAUAUGUAAACUAAUGGUGUAUAUGGGCGCUCGGCGGUUAUAUACACAAAUAUAUUUAUUAUGUAAAAUUUAUGUUAAUACUAAAAGUAAAAUUGUAAUGUUUAACUAGGUUUAAGUCAGGCUUAUAUAUAUAGAAAAAACCAAAAUAUUUUCCGAUUAUUAUUGUCUCUAUUCAUAUUAUGAAUUGUAAAUACAGAAAGGCUGCCACGGCUCAGCAAUCUUGUAAUUGUAAACGAGAUAUCAUUCAUUGUUAUGCCAUAUGUACUUAAUUUUAUUAUUAAAUACGAUUAUAUUUAUUAUAUCAUUCUGUGUACAACUUAAGUCAUUGUUGUUGUUUGUUAAAGCUGUACUUAAUCCACUCUAUGGAAUACUCUAUGGGGAGCUUAAGUUUCUUUUAGAAUUCGAUAAAUAUCUCUCCAUCUGCCGAAAACCAUUGUUAAUUUAAUACAUGUGUAAGUUUUAGAAGAGUCCAAACUUUUUAGCCAAGAAGAGUCGUAACUGCUACUUAGCCAUCUACUGCUACAAAUAACAAGUAACUACUCUCUACCAAAUAGGAGCCUCCACUGCAACUAGUUCUAGUCUAGUCACUCUCACUAUCGACACGAAUCCAAACCACUAGUUACGGCAUUUUCCACUAACUUUGACCAAAUAGAGCAAAUGGCGGCACUACUUACCUAGAGACUAGCAAGAAAGACCACUACUCAGACUUGAGAGCACUAAUCAAUUUACUUAAAAAGACUUUCACUUUGCUUGUGUCGCUGGCAGUGAUCGAAGAUCGAAAUCGGAGUUAAUAAACUACUGGAUAUUAAGGCAAACACCAAAAAGAAGAACAGACAAAAACCAAAUAACAAAUACAUUAAAUGAAUGCGAAAGUAACUAAAAUUGAUUGUAAUCAAAAUGUAAUGAGCAGGUACAUAUUUUUUGUAUAGUGUUGUACUAUUUUUCAUAUAGCAAAAUUCUAGAUCCUAGAAAAUUUAUUGAUGGGAGUGCAAGAACCUAAUGAUAUUUAUAGCCACAUGCAUAAAUUUGUAUUAUACAUAUAUUUGGGGUCACACAACUGUACGGGGAACUUGAUGAGAAAACUGCGCCAAAUUUAGACGUAAUUGAUAAUUAAUUACCACAUACAUAUAUAUACGAACUAUGAAACAAAUGAAUAAUUAUACAAACAACGGAUGAAUAAUGUAUUAAGUUAUAUUGUCAAUGUUUACUGCUAGAUAUUUUAAUUAAAUUUCUUUUUAAAUUUAUUUCAA